CAUAUUUGAACCUAAAACUUUCAUGGCUGUCCUGACUCUAAGGCCCUCCUCUUAUCAUCCAUUUUAUUCUCUCCUUUGCCAAGAAAACAUCUAUAUAACCCCUUUUGAUUCACCUGUUCUAUACCCAUCAAAGCCGCCUUGCAGUUUUUCUCUACGUGCAUCCUAGAGAACUACUGCAAAUCCAAAACAAAGACAAAGACCAAGAAAAACAAAACAAAAACAAUAAUAAUGGCAAGCAGUAAGGUUAUCAUUCUUGCACUUCUCCUGGUCGCUAUUGUUGGGUUAGUAUCAGCAUCAGAUUCAGCUCCAUCGACCCCAUCAACUGCGGCGGCUGCGGCACCUUCUAGUGAAGAUGACACUAUCGGCACUGAAGAUGAUGGUGGUGAUUCAGCAGCAGGUGCACCCGGCGCUGCAGCUGGUGAGGUUGUUGCAGGACCUUUGGGCAGUGCAUCCGCAACCAAUGGACCUUCUGCUGAGUCACCAAAGAGCGGUGUCUCUGCCCUUGAAAUUUCUGCUGUUGCUGGUGUUGCAGCUGUUGCUGCUGGCUACUUCUUCUAAUUAAGAAUUCCUUUCCUUUUCUUUUCUUUUUUAUAUAUAUAUAAUUGUUUAGUCAUGUUCUUACAGAACGCCAAAGAUUCAAACUAAUGGUUUUUCUUUUUUCUUUCUUUCGUAUGUAUACAUUGAGAAAAUUAAAGAAAAAAAAAAAAAAAAAAAGCUAGAUCCAUUUGUUGGAGUCAAGCUGAAUAAAUGAAGUAAUUGAUUAUAUAUUAAUCCAAAAUUUUGUCCUUUAA